GCACCAGCAGCCAGUGCAGAGUACGAAAGAGUCAUCACCGUCAAAAAGGAAGGUGUCGAUAAAAAAAAAAGUGGAGUGUUGCAGCGAAGAAAGUCUAAGAUUCUUUCUUCGUUUGAAAGUGUUGUAAACGAUAGUAGAACCAGUGGAGGAAAUUGGCUUGUGUUGUGAAAAUUCGUGUUUCCGAUCGCGUCGUGGCACGAUGAGUGACUUUCUGAAAUCGGCAAUGAAUUACUUCAACGCUGGGCCGACCGUCGGACAGGACAACGAAUUCGUCGGCCAGAUCGUGGAAAUUUCGAACGUCAAGCUGCGAAUCAAGCGUGUUAUCGCCGAAGGUGGUUUUGCGUUCGUGUUCGUCGCACAGGACAUCCAGUCCGGGAACGAGUAUGCCCUAAAACGGCUGCUCGGUGCCGACAAGGAAGAAUGCAACAACAUCAUCCGGGAGAUCAACACCCUCAAACAGGUCUCCGGCCAUCCGAACAUUAUCAAGUUCAUAGCGGCGACAUUCAUCGAUCGUACUCAGAAUGCUGCAGCCAAGCGGGCGGAAUAUCUGCUGGUUACGGAACUAUGCAAGGGUGGUUCCCUGUACGAUUGCCUGGAGAAAGACCUGCUGCCGGAAACGGUGCUGCGUGUGUUCUAUCAGGCGUGCAAAGCGGUUGCCCAUCUGCACACGCAACCGGUACCGAUCAAUCAUAGGGACAUUAAGAUUGAAAACUUUCUCAUCGGAAGUGAUGGCCAGUUAAAGCUGUGCGAUUUUGGAUCGUCCUCGACCGAUACCUACGCUCCGGAUCCGAGCUGGAACGCUCAAAAGCGGGACAUGCUGGAAGAUCACCUUGGUCGAUGUACGACUCCGAUGUAUCGAUCACCGGAACAGUUGGAUACCUGGGCCAACUACCCAAUUGGAGUCAAGACAGAUGUGUGGGCCCUGGGAUGUAUACUGUUCUGUUUGUGCUAUCGGAAGCAUCCGUUCGAGGAUUCCGCGAAGCUUAGGAUAAUAAAUGCUAACUACACCAUUCCGAAUGAUUCGCGAUAUGUGUGCUUUAAUGAGAUUAUUCGAGGAUGCCUGCAGGUGGAUCCUUUGAAGAGAUUUGAUGUAUCAAUGGCUCUGGAGCGGCUGGCAGCUAUAUCAGAAACGAAAGGAUGGCCUUUAAAGGGUUCACUUACAUUAGAUGGUAAACCAUUGAUCACGCCUCCUAGUGGACCGACUCCCAACCUUAGUCCCAUGCAUCUCCCGGAUGUGGCGGCAGCAAAUCAUCAUCCACCUCAGCGACCAGCUCCUCCAAGACCAACUCCUCCGGUAGGUACCAAUGCGGGUCCACCUCAGGAGAGGAAAAAUCCUCAACGUCCGCCAGAUCCGGUUCGUCCUGCUCCACCCGUUGUAGUUCCUCCGAUCCAUCAUUAUCCCCAUCAACCACCAAUGGUGGGUGCGGCCGCAGGGGGAGGUGGUUUGUUUUCCUCAAUUAAAGGAGGAGCUGGAAGCUUUCUGAAAAAUCUUAAGGAUACCUCUUCAAAGGUAAUGCAAACCGUUCAGCAGAGCAUCGCUCGUACGGAUCUCGAUAUUAGCUACAUCACACAAAGGAUCUUGGUUAUGCCAUGUCCUUCGGAAGGCUUAGAGUCCACCUACAGGACGAAUCACAUUGAAGAUGUGAAACUCUAUCUGGAAAGUCGGUUCCUUCCAACAAAGCUUAGUAUUUACAAUCUGGGUCCUCGAAAUUGUCCCAGGUUGCCGCCACCAGUACGCACCGUUGAAGGUAGUUUCUUAUACUCCCCCGUUCCACCGUCCUACAAGGCACCGACUUUGGCUGGAUUGUACUCGCUAGCGGAGGACAUGUACGGUUUUUUGAACGCGGAUCCAAAAACCGUAAUCGUCAUCCAGAGUCCAGACGCUGGCAAGGCCGUAGCUGCAACGAUGGUUUGUGCUUUACUGGUGUAUAGUCAGUUGGUAACGGAACCGGAAGAUGCAUUGCAGAUCUUCGCCGUCAAGAGAACUCCUCCCAAUAUGAGAGCUUCGGAACUGCGGUACCUCUACUAUCUUGGCGACAUUGUUCGAUCGGUGCCGCACUUGCCGCACUACUUUCCGGUUACACUUGUUUCUGUCACUGCUAGCCCCGUUCCAAGGAUGACGAAAGCUCGAGAUGGCAGUCGAAUUUAUGUCGAGGUAGCAUCAGGUGAUCGAAUUGUAUUCAGCACUCUCCAGGAUUACGAUCGAAUGCGACUGUACAAUGCUACUGAAGGAAAGGUUACCCUCACUCUGAACAUUACGGUAUGCGGAGAUGUUACAGUUACGCUGUAUCACGCUAGGAAUGCCCUUGGAGGUAUGGGACGCCCACAAGGUUUGAAGAUUUGUCAAUUCCAGUUCAACACUGGCUAUAUUCCGGAAGAGGAAACACUCAUCAACUUCAACAAAUCCGAGCUGGAUGAAGUUCCGGAUGUGGAACAUGUUCCUCACGGUUUUCACGUCGGCCUUUCCGUAUUCGUUGGCGAUUCGGAACGACCCCCGUCCAACCAACCUCCAUGGAUUCCGGCAAAACCCCAAAGAGACCCGAAAAUUCUGUUUGCUUCCCAGCUCGAAUACGAAGAGAACGUUGACAACUUCAUUUCCAAACCAACGGCUUCCAAACCAGCUGCAGCUCCCAGUCGGCCUCCACCACGUCCGGCUGCUCCUUCGCCACAACCUUCAAGGGCUCAUCCUACUCCUUCGGCUACGACUGAAGAUCGUCCUCCGAGCGUUCCGAACGAUGCGGAUCUUCUCAAUUUGAACAAUGCUAGUCACACGAUAACGGAAGACCCGAAACCUGAACCCAACGAAGCUACUUUUGAUCUGUUAGGAGGAUUUGCUCCACCGGUAAUCGAGACCACUCAACCUAGAGCCAACACCGGACCACCCGCAGGUCUUGAUGACAUCUUCGGAACCCUGGACGGUGGUCCGGUACCGCUUCAAACCACCAAAUCCAGUACCGAUCUCAAUGGGCUCAAUCUUAACUUUGACAACUUUGGCGGUACAGCUCAACCGGCUGCCGCUUCCAAUGGUACCGGAUCCAACGGGGUCAACAACCAGUUCAACAACAGUUUCGGAUUUGAUCCAUUUGCCGGGAUUAGUGCAAGUGCAUUCCACAGCAGCCAUCAGGCACAACCUCAGCAGCAACAGCAGCAACAGCAGCAAAGCCAGCAAGCUCAACCAGCCAGCAAGGAUCCAUUCGCAGACAUUGGCAAUCUGGCUUCAAAUUUAGGCACCGGAGGAUGGGGUAAAUCCGGUUCAACCAUUCCACCAACUACGACGCCGAGUCCGCGAUCGACUCAAUUCUCUAGUCCAACGCAUCAGGUGAGUGGAGCUAGCACGGCCAAUCCAUCGCCGAGGGCACCGUCAACUCCGAUCCACCAACAGCAGCAGAUGCGUAGUCCCAAUGCAGACCCGCAGAGACCGGACUACAGUCGGUCACACUUUGAUCAACCGAAACCGGGGGCCGCACCGGCCAGCAAUGGAGCCAAUGGACAGAAGGAAAAGCCCGGUGAUAUCUUUGGUGAUAUUCUGGGAUCGCAAGGGUAUUCGUUUGGUAGUUUGAAGAAUCAGGGUCCGAGGACGAUUAAUGAUAUGCGCAAGGAGGAACAGAUUAAGGAGAUGGAUCCCGAGAGGCUUAUGCUGAUGGAAUGGACGGAAGGCAAAAAGAAUAACAUUCGUGCAUUGCUUUGCACGGUUCACACGGUACUGUGGCCUGGGGCCAAGUGGACAAAAUGUGAGAUGCACCAGCUGGUCAGUGCAGCGGACGUGAAGAAGACGUAUCGGAGAGUAUGUCUUGCCGUACAUCCGGAUAAGCACACCGGAACCGAGAACGAGAGCCUGGCGAAGCUCAUCUUUAUGGAACUGAACAACGCUUGGAGUGAGUUCGAGAAUGAUGCCACGCAGCAAAAUCUAUUUGCAACCUAAAAUGCUUCUCCUUCGAAUACCUAACAACUGUAAGACAAAGCUUGAACUUUGAUCAAACAAAGCUGCAUUUGUUGUUCUGCACAUACAACACUCACUACACAUUCGGUUCCAGUUUGUCCGUAAGUAUGAGAUAGUCGAUAGAGCAUAUAUAUGUUGGGGUUACCCGAAAUUGGGCGGAAACUACGUUUUAUGGAUUUAGGACUAUGAUUUUGUUCACUCUGUUCGAAUUUAAAUUUUGGUUAGUUUCCUACGUUUUCUACAGCUGGUUGUAGCUUACUCUAAUGCUGCUAUAUAUUCAAUAGUGGACAAACAGAUUAUUUUUUUUAAGGACAAAUUAUAUGAAACUGUAAAACUUUCAUCGUACUUUCACAGUGUUGCACGAAUCAAUUAAAAUCCAACUUUUACGAUCGCUUCCCAAUUACAGCGUUGCCGACUCCAGUUAUGGCUAUACAUACCAAAAUAUCUGAAAGUGUGAAUUGAACUUGUGUUCAUCCCUGAAGUGCUUCAAAAUAUUAAUUUAAAAAUUCACGGUUUUAUUUAUUUAUUUUUUGAUUAUUAAAAAAAGUCUAUCUAUUACCUACAAACUUUAAGUUUUUUUUUAAUUCUUUGUUAACCGUUUGGAAGGUAUGAAAAACCUUUCCUGCUUUUAGAUACUUUUUUUUUCUGCAGACAUUGUUUCAUUCAAUUUAUUAAUUUGAUUAAAUUCGGUUACACGUCAUACCUUAUGGAGCACUUUUAGGUCAACUGGUCCGCUUCACCCAAAGCGCUUUAUUUUAGACAUGUAUUCGAUAUCACGUUAUUCAUCAAGUUAUUUUGUUGAAAAUAACUCACUUUCAGCUCAACUUGGCAGUCCUAAUAGGUGAAAUUCGUAUGAUUAAAUCUUCAGUGAAGUUUUUGUUCUACAUUCGUCCAGUUUCAGAUUAUUUGUUUACUCAUUAUCAGAGCUCUAUUUAUCAACUUAAAUGCUGAAAACGUUGAGAUUAUGCUAAUAAAACUAUAAACGAAUAGAGUUUUAAACCCACAAAAAGAUAUACUUACACACUCUCGGUGUUAUAAUAUAAAUUAUUAUUGUCUGUAUCAUCGGAUACAAAGCGCGCCGAAACCGGUUUCGGCGCGUUUGACUUCCAAUGAAACAGACAAUAUUACUAGAACAACAAGUAAACCAACCAAUCACAAUCUGUACCCCACAACAAUUAGCAAUGUAAAAUAAUAAAACAAAAUAUAUAAAUUAAAUUCAAGCAACUGUUGUUAAAUGUGAAUGUACUAAGCCAGAAAAUACACCACAUAGUUUAGCUGAAUCCAAUAGACAAGUUAAAUUAUUAAGCAGCAUUCGUUCGACGCUUAAGAUGUCAGCAUCGGAUGACGUAAAAGAAAAGUUAAUAGAAGAAAAAUAAAACUGUGAUUGAUUUUAAGAGAAUGCUUUCGAGUAGGCGAGUACGGAUAAAAAGAGAAGAGAAACAAAGUGAGAAUUGAUUUCAUAUGCUCAGUUCAAAGUAAUAAGUGCAUGUUAUGGACAAAGAAUAAACAAAUACUGUUUAAUCAUUUUCUUCAUGGUGAUUCCUUGCUUGUAAACCGAGUUGCGGCCAUUCGUUUGUCAUACAAAAAUUUGUUACGGAAUUAUGAAAUUUCUAGAUGUUUUGAUGAUAUUUUGCACUUGCAUGUUACAAGAAGAGAUUGUAACGUAUGUGUUUGACACAUGGAACCUGUCAAUUUCACUUUCAAAGAGUCAUAAUUUUAUGUUCAUGAAUUCUGAAAAAAAAAACAUUCUUUUAUAGCAAACGAAUGGCCGCAUUCCUUCUUGUAAAUAUAUUUAAUUUCAUAUAAAGAUUGGUCCCAAUAUUCUUCCCAUUAUGAUUAAUUUAGCUCCUAGUUUAAUGUUGAUAUUCAAUGCAAUACUAAUUGUAUUAUUCAGUUUAGCAAGUGAUGCAUGUGGAGCAUUCCUAUGAAUUUUCUGAUCGUUUCUGAAUAGUUUACAUAAACUCAGACACACAUACGAAUAUUGCAAUUGACUACGAAUUAGUAGGUUCCAGUGUGCCCUGAAAAGACCGACCCUUGCUUACAAUAUGACUGCUCUUACCUAAUAUUUAUGCUACCAACUUGUGUGUUACCACCGGUUAGGAAUGCGAUGUGAUGCGAAGGUGAUGAGAAAGAAUUGUACAGUAAAUCCGAGGUCAAGUUAUAUUAAAUAGCAAGCAAAUUAAUUCCCUAAAGAUGAGUUUCAAUCCGAGCGCGAAUAUGUUAUUCUAUAGAUAUAGAAACACACACACACACACACAAACACACACAUACACACUAUUUAUGAAGAAAUAGUUAAAAUAUUAUUAUUGAAUGAAAAAAA